GUCCAUGUACAUGUCUGGUCAGGUUUUUACUAAUCCAACCAGAGUGUGCUCGCCAAGGGCUCCGAAGUUUCUCUGCGCGACAUUCUCUUUCUUCGAUGGAUGAUGCUUCUCGCUCCUCUCCAAUCUCCUUCGCCGGCGGCCUUGCCGGCGGUGACGAAGGAUUUACGGCGGCUGACCAGGGUUCGCAGAUCGGGAGCGCGGCUGGGAGCCUGCAGGGCGAGGGGAUCCUCUCCGGCGGCGGUGACGGUGGCAGCAGCUGCGAUGCGGAUUUCGGAUUCCAGCGUCAGGAAUUAGGGAAGGAGGAUUUAGUAGGGACGGUCCAGUUUUACGAGCGCCAUCUCUUCCUCUGCUACAAGACGCCGCAUGUGUGGCCGUCGCAUGUCGAGGCGGCGGAGUUUGAUCGGUUGCCGCGACUGCUAUCGGCGGCAAUCGCUGCAAGGAAAGGAGAAAUGAAGAAACGUACUCGCCUAACAAUAUGUGAAGGAGAAGAUGGAACUGAGUCAUCAAAUGGAGAUGUACUGAUUUUUCCAGACAUGAAUAGAUACAGGCGUUUGACACACUUUGAUGUUGAAUGUUUUGUUGAAGAAGUGCUUGUUAAAAAUAGUCAAUGGCUUCCUGGAGCAGUUGAGACAUUGACAGGUUCCUUUGUCUUUGUAUGCUCCCAUGGAAGUCGAGAUCGGAGAUGCGGUGUCUGUGGACCUGUUCUUAUUAGGAAGUUUAAAGAAGAGAUUAAUUCACGCGGCCUUCAUAGUCAAGUGUCUGUGAGCCCUUGCUCCCACAUUGGAGGUCAUAAAUAUGCAGGAAAUGUUAUUGUAUUUAGUUCAAGCACUAAUGGAGAAGUGACCGGGCACUGGUAUGGAUAUGUUACUCCAGAUGAUGUUCCGUUGUUGCUUGAGCAACAUAUCGGUAAAGGAGAGAUUAUUAAUCAUCUAUGGAGGGGUCAAAUGGGCUUAAGAGAGGAAGAUCAGAGGAAGGCUCAAGACUUGAGGUUACAAAUGAAUGUUGAAACACAUGAAUUUAAUCCUAAUCUUCCAAACCAAGAAACUGGAACAGAUAUCACAAAUGGCAUUGCAACUGAAGCAGCCAGUUGUUGUCAGGGCAUUGCAGCUUCCAAUUGCUGUCAGAAUGGAUCCUUCAGUGAAAAACCAGAUAACCAUAGUGUGAAUUUGGAAGAGCAGAAAACCCCAAAGUUGCUUCCUGAGCAGAGAAACAAGGAUCGUAAGCCUUGCAGCAGCACUCGAAAGAUGAGUACUUUGCCAACUUGGUUUGAGAGCUGGGAGCGCGAGGACACUUAUGCUGCUUUAGCUGUUGCCACCGCGAUUGCAUCUGUAGCUGUUGCUUAUAGCUGUUAUCAACACCUAAGAUGAAAAAAAAAUCAUUUUUUCUGUGAUCUAUCAUAGAUGAUUAGUGUGUUUCUUAGGCUUUGUUUGUGACGGCUUUAUUUUUGCUUCUUAAAGCAGAUUUUCAGUACAAAAAUUGUACUAAAAAGCUGCUUUAAAAAGCAAAAAGAAAGCCAUCCCAAACAAAAUCUUAGUAAGCUGCGACUUGCUGUUCUCUGUUUUAUAGCCCUACUAUGCUUAAUUAGAUAUGAGCAGUUGUUUCAUAGUGCUGUAGUUUCAGGUGUUUUAUGUUGAACCUUGUGUAGAAGUAACUUAUUUAGGGUUCGUUUGGAACGGAUUUCUUAUUAUUUUUUAAAGUGGUUUUAUAGUACAAAAAUUAAACUUUUUGUACUGUAAAACUGAUUUAAGAAACAGUAAGAAAUUUGUCCCAAACGAAACUUGAGUGUUUUGUUCUUUGUUGAGAAACAAUCACUAUCUGCCAAAUCAUGUAUGAAAGUUGCUGAAAUAAAGGGUGUGGCACUCCCACUUCUUUGUUUGAAA